ACCUUUCUACCUAUUUCAUUUCUGCUCUUGUUUUUACCAACACGGACAGCAUACACGCUUUUCUGAUACUGGCAUUUUGCAUCACAGGAGUGUUUUUUUUUAACAUUUACAUCAAUGUACGGUUUGAAAAAAGGUGUUAGUGACAUCUAAGGAGCUGGCAAUUGGAUUACCGUCGUUAGCCGAUUUAUUAGACAACAACUAACUUAACUUACUGUCAAGGGGCGCUUCUCGUGCAAGUUCACCCGCGAGAGUCAGCUUAAUCCGCGCUCGCGCUUGUCUCUUUCAACGGGCAAUCUCGGAGACACAAUGAGCCAUUAAACACGGAAACUUUGUAGAGAUAGUUUUAUAGCUUCACCUCAAUAUGGACAACUACCGCCAACCAAGAUAUGAAGGCUCGAAUCAAGGAAGGGAGAAUAAAUUUAACCGCAAGAAAGGAUUUGGAGCCGGAGUGUCAUCUCAGGGCGGUUCAAGUGGGGAUGACGGAGAGAAGAAGCCUAAAUUUCACUUAAACAUCAGAACACUUACUGAUGAUGUGUUGGACAGAUUUUCCAGUAUCCGAAUCCCUGGCAGUAAAAAGGAACGGCCAAAUCUCUCCCACAUGUCCAAGCAUUCCUCUUCUGGUGACUGGUCAUCUUCCUCUGAGUUUGAGGAGCUUUCUUCAAGGAUCACAUCGGAGAAGGAAAUUCUUGCCCUCUUUGAGAAAAUGAUGGAGGAUAUGAAUCUUAAUGAGGAGAAGAAAGCACCACUAAGAGAGAAGGACUUAAACACGAAAAGAGAGAUGGUUCUUCAGUACGUCGUCACAGCUGCAAAAACCGGUAGUUUGAGGAGCAGCAGUCAGAUCUCUCCUCAGGAGUUUCUGAGUGAACUGAAAAGCGGCGCCACCGAUGAGAGACUGUUUGCCUGUCUGGACUCCCUCAGAGUAUCACUCACCAGCAACCCAGUCAGCUGGGUGCAGAGUUUUGGCCAUGAGGGUCUGGGUCUCCUAUUGGAUACGCUGGAGAAGCUCCUCCUCAAAAAACACCAAGAGAAGGUGGAUAAGAAGAGUCAACACAAAGUCAUUCAGUGCCUCAAGGCUUUUAUGAACAACAAGUAUGGACUUGAGCGCAUCCUUGGAGAGGAGACGAGUCUGGCACUGUUGGCCCAAGCCAUUGACCCUUGUCAGCCGGCCAUGAUGACAGAUGUGGUCAAACUACUCUCUGCAAUCUGCAUUGUGGGAGAAGAAAAUAUUUUGGAGAAGGUCCUUGAAGCCAUCACCACAGCAACAGAAGGAAGAGGGGUGGCCCGAUUUAACCCAAUCGUCCAAGGCCUUAGUGUUCGCUCCGUCCAGUUACAGGUGGCUUGCAUGCAGCUCAUCAAUGCCCUCGUAACGUCUCCUGAUGAGUUGGACUUCAGGCUGCACAUCCGAAAUGAAUUUAUGCGCUGCGGCCUGCGAGAGAUCCUGCCGAGCCUGAGUGUUGUAAAAAAUGAUGCUCUGGAUAUCCAGCUGAAGGUCUUUGAGGAACACAAGGAGGAGGACAUGAUUGAGUUCUCCCAUCGCCUGGAGGACAUCAGGAGUGAACUGGAUGAUAUUGGGGAUGUCUUUAAUGUGUUAUACUGUUCUGUGAAGGAAACAGGCGCUGAGAGCUAUUUUCUGUCCAUACUGCAGCACCUGCUACUGGUCAGGAAUGACUACUUCACACGGCCUCAGUAUUUUAAGAUCAUAGAAGAGUGUGUGUCUCAAAUCGUCCUUCAUCGAAGCGGCACAGAUCCUGACUUUGGCUAUCGCAAACGUCUGGAUGUGGACUUCAGCCAUCUAUUAGAAGUGUGUGUGGAAAAAGCAAGGACUGAGGAGUUUGAACUGAGGGCCUCAGAGUUGGCUCAAAAGUUGGAUGAGGAGUUCUUGGGCAGACAGGAAGCUGAAGCCCAGCUUUUGAAGAGGGAGGAGAAGAUCAAUGAGCUGGAAGCAGAACUUCAGGCUCAUAGAAACCAGUUUGGAGCCGUUCCAGGGGUCUUAACAUCAGGGCAAUCUGUUCCUGGUUUGUCCUCAUCCACGUUUCCUCCUGCCCCACCUCCUCCACCAUUUGUUCCUGGAGGUCCAGCUCCGCCGCCCCCUCCACCUCCACCACCUCCACCAGGCUGUGCCUCCAUACCCGGGAUGCCUCCACCCCCACCACCUCCUCUAGGACUGGGUGCACUGACAUCCGCAGUCCAAUACAUCCUGCCUUUCGGCCUGAAACCCAAGAAGGAAUUCAAGCCUGAUACCUCCAUGAAGCGCCUCAAUUGGUCCAAGAUCUCACCCCAGGAGCUGUCCGAGAAUUGUUUUUGGGUCAUCGCCAAAGAAGAUCGUUAUGAGAACGAAGACCUACUCACCAGGUUGUCUGUUACCUUCGGCACACAGCGAGCCGCUCGAAGAGAAGAGGAGGACCUGGAGGAGAAGAAAUGCAUCAAAAAGAGAGUGAAAGAACUGAAAGUGCUGGACCCGAAGAUAGCACAGAACCUUUCGAUUUUCCUUGGGUCGUUCCGUAUGCCCUACGAGGAGAUCAGGAGAAUGAUUUUAGAGGUGGAUGAGGAUCAGCUGACUGAGCCCAUGAUCCAGAAUCUGGUGAAGCAUCUGCCUGAACAGGAGCAGCUGAACGCACUGGUCAAGUACAAGAGUGAAUAUGCCAACCUCUCUGAACCAGAGCAGUUUGGAGUUGUGAUGAGCAGUGUGAAACGUCUGAGGCCCAGACUCAACUCCAUCCUGUUCAAGCUGCAGUUUGAGGAGCAGGUCAAUCACUUGCGUCCAGACAUCAUGGCGGUGAAUGCAGCCUGCGAUGAAGUGAGGAAGAGCAAACCUUUCAGCAGGCUCCUGGAGCUCAUUCUGCUCACGGGGAACUUCAUGAACGCCGGAUCGAGGAACGCCCAGUCCUUUGGCUACAACCUCAGUUCGCUCUGCAAGCUGAAGGACACUAAAUCGACUGAUCAGAAGUCCACCCUUCUGCAUUUCCUGGCAGAGAUCUGCGAAGAAAAAUUCCCAGAAGUGCUGAAGUUUGUGGAUGAUCUGCAGCAUGUGGACCGGGCCAGUCGAGUAUCGGCAGAAAACCUUGAGAAGAGCCUGAAACAGAUGGAGAAACACCUGCUGCAGUUGGAGAAGGAUCUGGACACAUUCAGCUCCACAGACGAUCAACAGGACCUGUUCCACAGCAAGAUGGCAAGUUUCUCCACGCAGGCGAGAGAUCAGUACCAGAAGCUAGUGGUCAUGCACAGUAAUAUGGUGACCCUUUACCUCAACAUGCUGGAGUAUUUCGCCAUCGACCCCAAGAAGACUUCUGUGGAGGAACUCUUCACUGACCUCAGCAACUUCAGAGCAAUGUUCAUGCAAGCAAUGAAGGAGAACAUAAGGAGAAAAGAGGCAGAGGAGAAACAGAGGAAAGCAAGGAUAGCCAAAGAAAAAGCCGAACGAGAGAAAAAAGAGCGGCAGAUGAAGAAGAAGAGAAUGCUGGAGGUCAACACAGAGAACGAUCAGACCGGUGUGAUGGAUUGUCUGCUGGAGGCGCUGCAGUCUGGAGCCGCUUUCAGAGACCGCCGUAAAAGAGCACCCAGACCCCGAGGUGAACCAACACAAACGUUCAACCCACAAAGUCCACAAAGACCUGUUCUGAAAGACUGCCACUACGAAAACAUGAAGGCAUCUCUGCAAAGGUCACGGUCGCGGCAGAAUAUCAAUUUAAACUCGACACGAGCACUCACUGCCAAGGAGCCUCAUUACGAGAGCGAACCCCAUCCGUCUGCAGCCCACAAGCCGACCCACCGGCCUGAGAGAGAGAAAGAAAAAGCCAAAGAGCGAGAGAAGGAAAAAGAGCAAACUCCCAUGCUUUGCUCAUCCAACGGUGACAGCGACGUCGAGGCCUUGCUCGCCCGCCUGCGUGCCCUAUGAUGACAUCACCUCUCGGGUUUGACCUCUGUAGUCGCUGCAGUGACACGGACACAAAAACGAAACACAAAGCUCCCAGUCACCUUUUGCUAAUAAAUGCCGGCGGGUUGUGAGCUCACAUGCACACACACACACAUGAAAAGUCUUAACAAUUAACCUUUCCCAUCCGUCUCCUCUGCCCUUUUACCUCCAACAACAGACUUGUUGUCCACAGAAGUGCGAGUCUUUGUGCUGGUCAGGGCCAGGAUAAAAACUUGCCGCUGUUUUUUUUUAAAUUUUAUUAUUAAGCAGCUAAUUAGCAGACAGUUUAGCAUGACCUUUGGGCUAAGCGCUCAUCUUUUUUAUGUCAUAAACAGUACAGUUAUUACUCUUUAAAAUGGCUUUGCUGCUCUUUAAAGAGCUCUGAUGUGCAUACUUUAACAUGAGCAGUUCAGAUGUGUCAUAUAUAAUACAUAUUUUCUGUAUCCAGACACAUUUUACUCCAUAUUCUUUAGCUUCUUCGGCAAUAUAUCUAAUUCCUUAAAGGUUUGUUCACCUCAAAAUGAAUCUUUCAUUCAUUCGUCCUCAUUUUUUUUUCCAGUUCCAGAAGUAAUGUACUCAUCUUCAGAACUUGAGAGACCAUCCAUUUAAAGUCUAUUUACUUCUGAAACAACAAAUAAGAUGAACAGAUCAAUUUGAAGGUUUUAUAAGCAUCAGCUAGCUAUAGUAUUCAAAUUUGGUCACAGAAAAUAAAGUGAGAACCAAUGACGUUCGUUCUGCCUUGUCACAUGGUACAUUUAGCAUUUUAGCUUCCUGACUUAAUGAAAACAGAAGCACAACCUGCUAUUUGUAUGAGAGAACUCCUCAUUAUUGAGGAGUUCUCUCAAACAAAUAGCAGGUUGUGCGUCUGUUUUUGUUAAGUGAUCAGAGUUUAUAUGUGGAUAAAAACCUGAAUUAAAUCAUAUAGAGUUCAUCUAGAGUUCAUGAUUUAAAGUGAAUACAGACUUUCAGACAUGUUUGUCUCUAUUUGCAUUCUAAAUAUGAACAAAAGUCAGUAUCACUUUAUUUUGAUGGUCUCUUUAAUGUAUUUAGUUGAAUUUAAGUUACAUUGCAUCUACAUGCCAACUAAUUCUCAUUAGAUUAUAAGUAGACUGUUAGGUUGAGGUUAGGGUUAGUGCAAGUUGACAUGUACUUACAAAGUAUCUUAUAGUCAAUCUGUUGAAGGAGCUGUAUCAGCAGAUAUUAAGCUGACAGUCUACUUAUUCUCAAAUGAGAAUUAAUUGGCAUGUAGUUGCAAUGCAACUUUUAGUCAACACAAUGUGCAAUAGGGACCAUCAAAAUAAAGUCUUACCUAAAAGUCUGUUUGGAGCGAUAUGAAGGAGAGCAAUUGAUGAUAAUUAAAAUUGGGGUAAAGUAACCAUAAAAUGAUGAUUAUUAUUCAAAUUAAGAACUGUUUUCAUUGUUAAUCUCCUUGUUUGUAUUUAUGUAUAUCUAAUCAGAGAGAACAGUUUUAUUAUACAUGAAAAAAAUCUUUAUAAUUAAUCAUUAUUAUUAAUGUACCAUUAAUUUGUUCUAUUUUUGAAAUAAAAUUUGAAUGUAUUAGUUGAAUUGCGUCCCUUCUAGAGCGAUGGUACUAUGCAAGAGCAGCGCUUCUGUAUUAGAAGAGCCACUGACAGGAGAUUCCUGUUUGCCUGGAGUAUUUGUACUACUUAGCAAACCUCACUGAUAAUAGCGAACACUUCUCUAACACACAUUUGCUCUCGGACCUGCUGCUUUUCCAAAUAGUGUUUCCUUUAUUUGUGUUUGUUUGUGAUUUAUUUUGUGUAUGUGUCUUUGUGUGCAUUUUUUAUUUCUCGUUAUAUAAUUGGCGAGUUUUCACAUUUAUCCUCAUGAUGUUUUCUGUUCUGCCAUUCCUGAUGUGAUUUUCCUCUUUAUUGCUCUCAAUCAGCCGUGACAUCAAAACGAGAUUACCUGUGAAAUCACAUCUCUCUCUCUCUUUCUUUCUCUCUCUUAUUCUCCUCGGACUUACUGCACUCGCAUCACCUUUCUGAUUCUUUCAAACAUCAUUCGUAUUAUUGGAUAGACAUUAUUGCCUUGACAUGCUUUGGUGAAACGUUUCAAAUAAAAUAAGGAAAUGCGAUGCGAA